UCUGCCAGUCGCUUCUCAGCAUUCUUCGCCUCUGGUUCGAAAUUCUCAGGCCGUUCAGAAAAGAAAAGCAUAAAGACCCUACCGAAUAAAGACCGUCGAACAGAGGAAGCGGGGGGCCAUCGAACAGAAGACGGAAAAACAGAAAAUAACAAACAUCCAUUUCUAUAUACCCAACAUCGACAUCGAGAUUCCACGUCGAGAUCGAGAUCGAAGAUGUGUAUAUGAACGCAGUUCCUGCUCGUAGACCGGUCGUCCGUAGUAGUAGCAUCGUUGUGUUCCACAAUUCCAAAGUUCAGUGAGUGGGCAAAAAAGGAAUCCGAGGGUGGUGGUGUCUCCGAAUCCGAAUCCUAAUCCGAAACCAAAACAAAACCAAAUCCUUUAUUACGAAUCCUGCGCGAAGGAGAGAGAAUCGAUCCAAGAUUUGUUGUAAUGGUGCACAGGCGCUGGAUUUUCUGUGAGAGCGGCGAGGAUCCAAACUUCAGGAAGGAGCACUACGAGUAUACCCAAAGCCAGCACCGAUAAUUCCAAUCCAAGACGAAAUUCCCCCCAAAGAAGUCCAUUCAACUUGCUGCAAUUAUUUGUGCCAACGAUCUCGAGAUCUCAUUUGCAACCGCAAAAUAAUCACAACAUAACAAAACAAAACAAAAAUAAAUUUUAAAACAAAAAAUCCCCCCACGAAAAACAAUUGAAACGCGUGCAUAAUUGCUAAUAUAAAACAAAAGAAGGAAAAACAGAAUUUCAGUGCUUUUUGUUUGUUUUUUUUUUUUUAUUGUUUGGCUUUUUGUGCUCCUCAAAUGUGAGGAAGAGAAUUCAAUCGAAGAAUUGCAAAAACGAAACGAGCAAAAGAGUGCGUGAGAUAGAGAGCAGAAAGAGAGAGGAAGAUCCACGGCGGCCAAAAAGCAUUUUCGAAAUGGUACUACAAAACCACAACACUGUGGUGGCCCGUUCCACCUUGACGCCGAACAGCAGCAGCCAGAACUUUGGCUCCCAACAUCCAGCUGGAACGCCCAAUGGAUCCGGAACCGGACGUAGUCCCCUGAACGCCGGACCCAGCACCCAACGUCCCAUUAUCGACCUGUUGGUGGCCAUGGUGGCCGUGCCGGUGCUUAUCCUCUGCGCCCUGCAGUUGGAGAAGAAUCUGCGGGACAAUAGCGUGGAGUCUCGCUGGUUGGUUUUCGCCCUGGGCAUCGGGAUGCUGGUGAUCAGCGUGAUCAUCUGCGGUUAUGUCACGCACCGCAUGGGCGUCUGCAUUUGGGCGGGACCCAUCGACGAGGCGGGAAACAGGGCCACCAAUGGAGCCAUGCCACAUAUCAACUCCCAGAACGAUGUGCUGCGCAUUGUCGACUCACUGCCGCCAAGUUACGAAAGCGUGGUCAAGUUCGAGCUACCGCCGCCGACCUACGAAUGCCUGGUCAUCAGCUGGGGUCGGUCGAAGGAUCUGGAGCCGGCACAGACCUCAGCCAAGCGAGGAGCUGGUGGAUCCAACUCCCCGCCCGGGUCCACCCUGCACAUCUAGGGUGGAAGUGGUGGCGAGGGAGGGAGUUGAAUGGAACUAAUGGAGCAGUAGAUGGAGGAGAGAGAAUUAAGAGAUUUUUUCCCAACUGGCAGCGCAACGGAUUUCUGUACUUGACCCACUUAAAAUAACCAUAUGCAAAAAAAACUGUAACAACGACAUCGAUAAGUGGUGUUCUGGAAACUCUGGUGUUUUCGAAAGUUCCCAGAGCAUUUAGCUGAAUACCGCCAUAUAUCCGUAUGUCUUAUUAUAAAUUGUAAGCUAACUAUUAGCUUGUCAUAGCAUAAUGGCAUUGUAUUUACUUUGAUUUUAAGCAGAUAGUAUUUUAACUCGCAGAGCCUAUCAAAAACGAUAUCGAUUCUCUCGCAGUGUACAUAGAGUUUUUUUUUUUUGAAACGCACAGCAUCUAGUCCAAAGUUGUAUAUAGCCGAAAAAGAAAUAACGGAACCACACAUGAUGCGCUCAUAUCAGUUUUAAACACAUAUAUUGUAUAUUAUUGAAUUAAUGCCAGGGCAGGGCGGCAAUCAAGCAACAAAACUACAGGGUAGUAAUUAGUCUUAGUCUUAGCGUAACGCCUGUAUAUAACUAUGUAUGUAUAUUUCGAUUACAACUACUUUUAUUAUAGCCACAUCGAUAGCGAUGUCGAUUGCCAACAAAUGUCGGAAAACGUUCAGAGUUGCUUUCCAGAAAUAAAGAAUUCCUAUUAAGUUUAUUGAAAUCC